GCCUAUUGAGAUUUCGAACGUCUAGCAGCACUGGCCUUGCGAAAAAAGGCCAGCAGUAGGAAACGCAGGAAACGCCAACAACAAAAUAUCGCCGGCCACUUCUCUGAACUCACCAACAAACAACUUCACCACGGUGAAAUCCCACCCAAACCCCGCCACGCCGAUUCUGCCAUCCGCUUUAUUUCUAAGCCCACACAGCAUUAUUUACCGUGGCAACGGCAGACAUAUUCCCAUACGUAUUGUGGAAUUGUAGCAGCAAUCCGCUUCGGGUUCGGACUGUCGCCAAUUUCCACUUUGGAGAGGGGCAACACGGUGACUUGGCCUUCACCAAACAAACCAUAGUUGAUCAUUCACCCAUUAAUCAUAUUUACAAUUCAACUGGUAUUAUUAUUGUAAAUUCUAGGACGACGUGACAACAAGUACGGAAGCUAUUCGACGCCGACUUUACCCCCCCCUCUUCUUCCCCCCCGUGGUAGAUCGCACAUGACGCCCUUUACCCUCGCGUCGUAAUCUCGCCUCCCUUAUUCGAGAUGCCUAGUAAAAACAAUAAACACGCACCCUCACAGGGCUCUGCACAAUCUGCACCGAAGUCAACAGCGAAAUAUACCAAUAAGGAUGGCACAAAAUAUAUUUCCGUUCCGAAGUCCUCAGCUUCCACGCCGCCCGCACAACCGUCACCAACAACCACUUCAUCCUCAAGGGGUGGCGGCGCUCCGACCAACCCCCCUGUUGCCGCCCAUGUACCUCCUGCGCAGCCUGUAAAUCGUAAGAAGCAAAAGCGUCGAGCGAAAGCUGCUGCGAAAGCCGCUGCAGAACAAGCCGAAGCCGAAGCCGAAGCAAAUGGACUCCCUAGUCCUGCGUCCACAAGCAGCGCGCCUUUACCUGUUCCGUCGGAAUCGCGGAUAAAUAAUUUGCACAACUCUCGAGGUAUCAUUUCCAACGAGAAUCAUCAUUCUCAUAUUCAUACCCACAAUGGGGAAGAUUGGGGCGAUGAUACCGAAAGUGAUGAAGACGAUCUAAACGAUUACGCUCAACCUUCCAAUGGAACUACGCAGAAAGGCAAGAAGUCCAAGAAAAAGAAGAAGAAGGGUGUUGCGGAGGAGCCUGUCAAUUCUAAUCCUUCUGGAAUAUCUAAAGAGAAGAUAUGGAAUACGUCUGGUCCGGAAGAACGAGAGAGGAUAAAACAGUUCUGGUUAGGCUUGGGAGAGGACGAAAGGAAAUCUUUAGUCAAGGUUGAGAAGGAUGCUGUACUCAAGAAGAUGAAGGAGCAACAAAAGCACACCUGUAGCUGCUCUGUCUGUGGGCGCAAGCGAACCGCGAUCGAGGAGGAAUUAGAAGGUCUUUACGACGCAUACUAUCAAGAACUAGAAUCGUUCGCGAACCAACCUCACCACCACCCAAACGCACCGUUUUCCCCGCCUCCGCCUCCCAGAUUCGGUCCUAUGAGCGGAUUACACCCCCCCGGAGCCCCUCUAUCGAGAUUUUCUAAUCAUCAUCAUCCUUCUCACGGCCGCAUAGUUGAACACGUGGAUAACGACGAAGAGGAGGAAGAGGACGUCGAAGAAUAUAGUGACGUCGAUGGACUAGAUGAGGAGGAGGAUGAAGAAGAGGAGCCGGAGGAGAUCCCUCGCGAAUCGUAUGCUAACGAUUUCUUCAACUUUGGCCAGAGUCUGCAAGUAAAAGGCGGAAUUCUUACGGUAGCAGACGAUUUACUUAAAAACGACGGCAAGAAGUUCAUUGAGAUGAUGGAGCAACUCGCAGAGCGCAGGAUGGCACGCGAAGAGGAUGCGAAGGACCACUACGUGGGUGGGUAUGGCCAUGGCAUCAAUGGCAAUUCUAUGCCUAAUCAUAAUCACCCUCCCCCUGAAGACGAUGAGUUCGAGGACGACGAAGAGGAAGAGGAGGAAUAUGACAGCCAGGAUGAAGAUUACGAGGAAGAAGAGGACACAAUGACUGAGGAGCAACGCAUGGAAGAGGGUCGUAGGAUGUUCCAGAUAUUCGCUGCCCGCAUGUUCGAGCAAAGGGUGUUGACAGCUUAUCGGGAAAAGGUGGCCAGGGAGCGACAAGAGAAACUUCUCGAGGAAUUAGAAGAGGAAGAGACUCAGGAAUCCCAGCGGAAAGCUAAAAAGGCAAAAGAAGCCCAGAAGCGAAAAGACAAGGCCGCCCAGAAGAAACAGGCACAGCUUGAAGAGAAAGCGAAGCGGGAUGCAGCGAAAGCAGCCGAGGAUGCAGCUCGUCUAGCCGACGAAACGAGAAAACUCGAGGAAGCUAGGCUUAAGGCUGAAGAAAGACGCAAGAAGAAGGAUGCGCAGAAGAAGGCUGAAGAAGAGGAGCGACAAAAACGAGAGCUAGAACGGCAACGACGCGCUCAUGAGCAAAAGGAAAAGCAAUUGGAACAGGAGCGAAAGAAAGAGCGCGAGAAGAAAUUGAAGGAGGAACAACGACGCAGGGAGCAAGAGGCUCGUGAGCUUAAGGAGCGCGAGACUCGAGAAAGGAGAGAGAAACACGAAAGGGACAAGAGGGAGAAAGAGCUUAGGGCGGCUCAGUCCAAGGCGGAGCGUGAUGCCAAGGAAAAGUCGAAGCAAGAAGAGAAAGAGAAGGCUGCGGCCAAAGCUGCGACUCCUGCAGCUCCUAUUCCCACGCAGCCGGCUAAGAAACAACAGCAUCCUGUGUCUAUUCCCGCGCUUCCCCAUCAACCUUCGACCGGUCACGCGUCGAAUCAUCCCUCCCCCCAAGUUGCCGUUGCAACUCCCGCUCUUCCUAAAGCCCCUACGCCAAUGAAACCCCGAUCCGCAUCCCAGGAAGUGACAAGAUCGGUAUCCCAAGCUUCUCAUUCCGCCUCUGGUCCGAGUCAGAAUGCGUCGCCGCACACAUUAACUCCGCUACACACUAGUCCGGGACCUAUUGGGCCGCCAAGAAAGAUUUCGUCUACAGGCCCGACAAGUGUGGGUCCUCCCGGUGCCCAGCCAGCCUCUCCUCUUCAUACAGGAUUUAAGAGCCCCUCCGUUUCGCAUCAAGGUCCGUUUAAUAUGGGACUGCCUAUGCAAUAUCCUCCUGGAAUAGCACCACCGCAGAUUCCUCCGCCGGGCUUCAACCGGAUGCACGAGCCUAUGUAUCCGCCUCCCGGAAACUUUCGGCCAAUGGGCAUGCCAGUACCACCUGGCUUCUCUGCGCCUAGUCCUAUGGGUGGCAGGGCAUUUCCUAUCCCACAUGCGCCGCCUGGUUUCCAUCAACCAGUAGAGCAACCUCUACCUGGUAUGCAUCAUCCAGGCUUCUCUCCGGAUAGCACAUCAGGACAACCGCCGUCGCAUUCCCGUCAAACUUCCGCAUCUUUUGAUACAAAUCCCCUAGCUGGCGCCGCGUCCCAGCCGAUCGGCCGGCCGGCUCCUAUAGGUAGACCAGGGAGUGUGGUCCACGGACAGGGAAGCCAGGACCUUACAGCCGAUAUCGAUGACGUGAGCAAUCACCUCGGAAGCAGUGCUUUACUUGAAGAUACAGACGAACCUUUCGGAGACGUCAAUCCUUCUCGACGAGGUACCGCCGCUCCAGGAGCUCGAGCUCCGUUCCCCAGCGCGCCGUUCAUAGAUCCCUUCAUGGGUUCUCCAUUGAAUGCCGCGUGGGGUCCUACGACUUUGUUUUCUCCUCCACCCGGUUUUGCCAACCCAGCUUGGCCUACGUUCAGUGCUCCGGCCCCUAGUAUACGGCCUGCUCAGCCUCGAUCUAUUGCAAUCCGUCGGAUGCUUAUCUCUGCAUGCAAAGAGCUAGAAGCCCACGCCGCAGAUGGCUAUAUAGAGCUGCCUGCCAUCAAAGGGCAUAUCGACAAUCUUAAUUUACAAGGACAGGAACCUGUAUCUGAGAAAGAAUUGUUAGAUAUGUGCGACACCGAAGGUAACCUGCAUAACGGAGGCGGAAGCUUCAGCAUUCAACGCGUGGAAGGUGGAAAGGUUUUGAUCCGAUACGAACCUGACCCUCCGUCGGCUUCAACUUCCUUCAAUCGAAACGUGGGCGCUCCUGGUGAGAUUGGUAGCCCCAUCGUAGGAGCUGGCUCGCCUCAUCAUUCUACGCCUGGUGUUUAGUGGGCUCGCAGCUUUACUAAUAAGUGGAGCGCAUUAGUUAAGAAGGAUAAUAAUAGUGCGAAUGGCGGAAGGGGAAGGCCGUGAUUAAGAUAAGGAUGAUAUGGGAUUCUUAUUAUUCUCUGCUACGUGGAGCCGGAGGUGGGUUCGGUCUCCAGGUAGCAAGAUGAAUUGUUUUCUCGUGUACCUUUUGGGGCCGUUUGCUUAGGUGGGUGAGCAUCGUUUGCAAAUGGCGCCUUUUGUAACCAAGUAAAGAUUCGGCAUUUUUAAGUUAUCCAUCCCUCCCUGCUUUUCAGAGGGAUUCGCAAAGAAGUUGUUGUUAUUGUCAUUGGUAUUCGAGAAGCAUGCACCACACAUUGAUCAAGGGAAGGGUGGAAUAGUGCUAUGCUUGCUGGCUAUGCUUUGCGUUUGAGGAGAGGAGAAAGCUGCAUGGUGUGUUUAAUCGCAUUGCUCUUCGGGACAUCUCGGUUUCGUGCCGUUAUUAUGAAAUGGGAAUCGCGUUGAGCAUCUGUAAUUAUGUGUUCGUCUUAAAGUGCCUUGUAAUAUGAUGUGAAUUCGUAGUAGGGUAAUUGAGGUUGAAGAUGAGGUGGAAGUGUCUACUGGUGGUAGUUAUACCGACCCGGAGAAUAUCACAACCAGCAAUAUUAAAGGGCAUACCUGAUCACAACAGACACUUUUAGGGUGUCACCUUCUUGAGUACCCA